CGUCGAGUCUGCCGCUAAUUCAACUGCCGAAGAAGAAGCAGAAGAAGAAGAAGGAGAGUGAACAGUGAAUAACGGCCUGACGCAGUUAGUUGAAUUAUAGGAAACACCUCGACGUUAGUAAUGGUUAACUGUUACGGACUUUGGAUGCUGCCGUCCACGCCGGAGGUCUGUGUUUUGAAACCCGGUAACUGCUCCGUUAGCUGCUCAAAUCACUGUUGUUUUUAUGUGUUAUUAAGAGGAAUGACACCACUUCUCCUGUAAAGCUCACUCGAUGAACAUGAACUCCAUGUUUUGAGCAUUUUUAAACAACACAAACAGUUAUUUUUAAAGUCAUGGCGACCGACUUUGUAAAGACUUUUGUCCAGAUGUGUAAAUAUCUGCAGGAUCCGCGCCAUGUAGCGAGGUUUCAAAACGCAUGCGGCGUUAAAGGGACAUUUCCGGUUAGGCCGACGACGAAGCCGGAGAAGAGCGGAGGAGAGCCGGAGCCGGAGUAUCCCGGACUGAGGAAGAGGGUGCAGCCGAGCUCGGAUGUUAGUGUUGGUAAUGGAGCAGCCGGGGAUGGGAGCACAUCGCAGGUUAACGGGAUGCAGGAGGACAUCACCGGUGCAGCAGCAGCUGAUGUCGCCGCCGACACCGCUAGAGCAAAACCCCUCCGGAGAAACUCCCUGACCGGAGACGUGGGUCAAGAGUUCCUGAUCCACAACAAGUUCCUCUUCUACCUGUUCACGUUUGGCACCGAGCUGGGCAACGAGAUGUUCUUCAUCGUCUUCUUCCCGUUCCUCUUCUGGAACAUCGACGCCCUGGUCAGCCGGAGACUCAUCGUGGUCUGGGCCUGGAACCUCUUCGUGGGACAGUCCACCAAGGACAUGGUCCGCUGGUCCCGGCCAGCCUCCCCUCCCGUGGUGAAGGUGGAGGUCUUCUACAACUCCGAGUACAGCAUGCCGUCUACGCACGCCAUGACGGGGACAGCCAUACCCUUCUGUCUCUUCAUGCUGACUUAUGGACGGUGGCAGUACCCCUUCCUCUUUGGCUUUUCUGUGGCUCUCAGCUGGAGUGUCCUGGUCUGUGUAAGCAGAGUCUACAUGGGAAUGCAUUCUGUUCUGGAGGUAAUCACUGGCUUCCUGUACACCCUGCUUAUUUUAGCCUGUUUCCAGCCAAUUUUGGACAAGAUCGACAGCUUCUACAUGAUGAACCGCUUCGCUCCACUCGUGAUUAUCGUGUCACAUGUGAGCCUAGGACUUGUGGCUUUCUCUCUGGAUUCCUGGAGCACCUCUCGGGGCGAUACAGCUCAGGCUCUGGGCACCGGGGCGGGAGCCGCCAUCGCUACCCAUGUAAACUAUCAGCUGGGGCUGAUGCUGGAUCCACCACUGUCCUCACUUCCUCUAACUUUACCACCGAUCAGCACUAGUUUGGUGGUUCUCUCUCUGCUGCGCUUCGUCAUCGGAGUCGGCGUCAUCCUCGUCACGAGAAUGGUUAUGAAAGCAGUGACUAUUCCGUUCUUGUGUCGACUGUUCGGGCUGCCGUCAGAUGAUGUGAGACAGGCGAGGCAGCACAUGAAAGUAGAGCUGCCGUACCGUUACAUCGUCUACAGCGUCGUUGGUUUUAGUUGUGUCUGUGUGUCGCCUCUCCUCUUUAGGAUCUUAAACCUUGCCUGAGUGUUGUGUGUAAACUGUCAUUUACUGCUGACAUAUUCACCUACAUGGUGAAGGCAAAGAGCACUUGAAAACACGCUGCUAAGGCUCUGUUUCUGCACCACAGAAACUGCUUUAAAGAAUAAAUAUGGUGAUAUUCUGUAUUUUUCGUAUUGUCGGUAUUCCUCUGUGACAUAGAGCUCCAUCGUUGUCUAAAAAAAAUAUUACAAACACAUCAAUGAGUCACACUGUUGCACUGGGUGACAUGUUCCUUCAUGAUGAACAUGGGCACUGUAGUUUAUACUGAGUUGAUCCCACACACACCAUUCUCACACUGUAAAUGCACCAAAAGUGUAUCAAUCCGCAGCUGAAAAUAGUCCACAACAAAUACAGUAUUUACUCCUGUUUGACUGUCAAUUGCCUGGGAAAUAAUUUAGCCUUUAAAAAAAAAAAAAGAAAGUAUUUAUUUGUGACCCAUUUUAAAAGAUUUACAUCGUCAGGAGGAACCAACGGGCUUCGGGGCCCAGAGCCACAGACUGGAGGAAGUUGGAAAGUAUUAAGAGACGGACCAAAGCAGUGUUGGUUUUGGCCUUUUUCUUGGGAUUUGUUGACAAUGACAACAAUAUAGAACAUCACCAGCCUUAUCCUUUUAAGAUCCACUUGUAUCAGAUGUACUGUAACGAUGCUUGCAUUCAAUAAUGAAUAAUGGAAUCUGUUGUACAUUUACAUCAUUGAUCAAAAUAAAUAAUAACAUGUUAUUGGAGAAUCCCAUGCUCUUAAGAAUAAACCAAACCAUGAAUCAGUAACGUGUGAAGUCACUUCACUUCUCAUUAGUUGCUGUGCUUACAUCAAAUCAGCCUGGAAGCAGCAAAAUACUAGAAGUAUUUAAGCUCACAAAGUGUCUGGUUAGUUACACAAUAUCUAUUUAAAUCUGAAAGACUGGAAGAGCAGGUCUGUUGUAUCAAGAGUUUUCUACAUUUAUCAUAGUCGGCAUUAUCUCAUCUCCUCCUUUUUGUACAUGUCUGUGCUUGUUUCAAAAACAUUUGUAAUUUUGGUCCAAGUGUGAGUUAAGUGCUCUGAAUAAUCAUUUGAAAACAUCUAAAUAAAAUAACAGAUAUUUUUGAUAAAGUAUUUUGCCAUCGUAACUAACUUGAGCUUAAUUGUUGCUCUAGAAAAAAAAAAAUCAAUAUAAUGUAUAUUAUUCAUACUUGAUUUCUAAGAAUAUAUAUUUAGGCGGCAUUUCAAACUACGGUAUAUAAAAACACUGAUCCUAGCACUUGUUUGAAUGUUUUAAUUGCUUAUUUGCUGUUGUAAUGUCCCAGUAAUGAUUUGCUCUAAUAUUCAUGCCUGAGCAUUUAUACCUUUUAAGUACUCGUGAAAUAUGUAUAGGCCUAUUAUUAACAUCCAUUCCCACAUCUUUUUUUUUUCUGUUAUGCAAGGACUGUAUCCUUUGGAGAAAAAAAAUAUGGAAACAACAAGGAGAAUAAAAUAUUCCAAAAAAGAAAAGAAAAA